GAUAUGUCUAGAGGAGUUCCUGGUUAUGAUGAGCAAAAGGCUGCGAGGGAGUUUGCAAAUUUUGCUUGCUCUGCAGACUUUCCACCUCAGAUGGUUGAAGGUAGACCUUUUAGAGGCUUUCUAGAGUCGCUGAAUCCGCAGUUUAAGCUCAGUUUCAAUAGGGUGGGGAGUGAAUGCAUGAAAGUCUAUAAGGAAAGGAAAGCAGAAACCAAGAAAUUCUUAGUAAACUUCGAUGGACGGAUUAGCCUCUCCAUGGACAUAUUGAGGCACGAAAGUGGCCGUUGGGAUACAUUUCGCUGUGAUGAUUACUUAUGCCUUUCUGCACACUUUAUUGAUGAGAACUGGAAACUGAAAAGGUGGGUUCUUAGCUUCCGGAGUCUUUGGGGUUUGGAUGAGUCUGAUGAUUACAUUCCUGAAGGUGAUGACUGGGGCAUUUUUAAGUUGCUUCAAGAUUGGGGAAUUCAGAACAAGAUAUCCACUCUCACUAGGAAUAAUGAGGAUUGCGAUGAUUCAUUGGUUGAGUUUGUGAAAAGUCACAUCCAGGACAAGAAUCUCCAACUCAAUGGUCAGCUUUUUCGUGUGCAUUGUUGUGGGGACAUGAUCAAGGCAAUGGUGGAGGAUGCGUUUGAAACGAUUAAAGAUAUCAUUUACAAAGUCCGUCAGCUGUAUUCUUUUGGGAGGUCAUUACCCCUGUGGUAUCUCGCAACUCACCACCUAAAAGGAGCUCUGCAGCAAUGGUCUAUGCGAGAGUUCUCUUCACAAGAUGUGAUUAAUGAUUACGAUGUACCACCCCUGAGGAAUGGAAGAAAGUUGAAGGUGUUUGUUUAAUUGCUGAUAAGAUGUAUGAAGUAUCUCAAAUGCAUUGUUUGAAACAAAGCAUCUAACAUGUAAUGUUUAUCUUUAUCACCUUGAUAAGCUUCACGAAAUUCUGAUCCAAUCUUCCACCGACUCUGAUGAGUUCGUUGCAAAAUUAGCCAAGGACAUGUUGAAGAAGUUUGACAAGUAUUGGGAUGACAUGUUCUUGCUGUUGGCAAUAUCUGCAGCGCUGGAUCCUUGAUUUAAGAUGAAAUACAUAGGUUUUAUUUGUUCAAAAGUUAAGGGUAUGGAAGGAAGCUCGCAAGCUGCAGCUGUUUUUGUGUCUAUGAACAAACUAUUUGAUGAAUAUGUGAUCUGCUUUCCUGAGAAAGAGAACUUUAUAUGUGAAUUAUCUUCUGAUUCUGAUUCUGGUUCUGAUUCAGAAGGAGAGGGUCCUACUGCUGGAUGUGUGAAUCAUACUUUUAGUGUGGUGAAGAACUACGAGCAAUUCCUCCAGUUAAGUGAUCAGCCUGCAAAGAAAUCAGACUUGCAUUGCUAUUUGGAACAGCCUGUCUUACCUUGGAGUCAGGAUUUCGAUGCAUUGACUUGGUGGUGCACUGCAGGGGCCAGGUAUCCUAUCCUUUCCAGGAUGGCACGCGAUUUCUUGGCUAUUCCAGUUUCUGUUGCCUCUUCAUAUGAGGCAUUCUAUACUGAAGCAAGGCCAGCUGAUGAACAUGUUGUUUGCUUGAAGCCAGAGUUGAUGAAUGCCCUAGUGUGUUCUCGAAGCUGGUAUUCUAAGCACUGAAAGAUGUGAAGACAGGUGCAUUUUGGGCUGGUGCUCUUGCCUAGCUUAUUAAUAUCUCUCCUCUUGAAGGCUUGGGAAUCAGUUUCAUUGAGCGAUUGACAAUUUGGCAGGAACAUCAAGUGCGUUACUUUUGAACUCCAUAGGGACAUUGAAUAUCUAUUUUUAUUAGUGCUGAAACUUUUUAUGGAUAUGUUCCUCUAGAUACUGAUCUUUUUGUUGAUGUGUGGAGAAUAUUAAUAUAUGGUAGUUUAUGUUCACCUUUUUAC